AUGUGGACGAGCCACCUGAACCGUCCGAUCCUUCUCCUCGUCGUCUUUUUGCUUGUCGCCGCUUCUCUGACCGCCGAAGAAAACCGGAUGACAUCAAGAAACUUCCGGUACCGAACUCACAGAUACGUCCCGAGGGUUCAGCAUCCGUAUUACGUGGCUCCUCGCGGUUCGUGUGACUCUUUUUCUCGUACGUACGCGCGGUCUAUGUGCCUUGAGCUUCAAAGAAUCCACCGUAACAGCCGGAAACAGCCACUUGCUCCCCCUCCUCCUCCGCUCGAGAUUGAUCCAAGGUACGGCGUCGGCGUCGAUAAAAGACUCGUCCCCUCCGGUCCAAAUCCUCUUCACAACUAAAACCCUAUACCCCCUGUUUGUAUACAGAGACCCUAUAGUUACAUAUUUUAUAGCCAGGCUGACACGUUUCUUGGUGUUCCUUGGAGUACUUGUUCGAGUGAUCAAUGUUUUCAAAGAUAUUAUUUUUCCCGAAGACGUACGAAGUCAUUUCUUCUUUGCGGAGCAUUCUUGAAUCUUGAUUCUACUCUACUCUCUUCAUCUAUGUUAUAUGUUGUUACUAUUUCCACGCUUGUUUUCUUAAGACUUGUACAGUGUGGAAACAAUCUUGGAAAUAGUGUAUUCUUGCAAAGUCUUUCUUUUUCA